AGAAAGUUUGCAGAGCAGAGAACAACGAAAACUGUUGAAUUGGACUAAAUAAAAUCAAAACUAAAUUUGAAACAAUGUCCGAAGGAAUUAGGCGCAGUGAACGCAUCCGUCGCAUCCAAAUCCAGAGAUCCAGGGCCCUCAAUGCGAAUUUUGCAGGUCAAACGGAUCGAGCUGUCUUUUUUCUGAGUACAUUAUCUCCGCCGUUAUUGAGGCCCCGGAUCACUAUACUUUGUGGUCGUGCGGAAUUGGAUCGCUCCCACUUCUUGCCGCUUCGUUCGCCCCAUCGCCGGAAUGCUGAUACCAUGGUGCAGUCGGUCCAUUUGGUGGCACAACCAGGAGCCGUACCUCCGCUUUCUGACAGGGUUCAGUACGUCACAAUGGCAAGGGAUAUCCCCUGGAGAAACAUUCGCCAGGAGGACUUAAAUGGAGAAGUACUACUGGUCAUGAUCGUGGACAGUUCGCUGGAAAUCCUAAUGCGCCACCAUCCUGCCAGAGCGCUUUCAAUCCUACUCAGAUGUGCUGCCUACUUCCUCUAUUAA